CGCCAUCCGACAACAACCACUCCCCGUAGUAAGAUGCUUCGUAUCCGUAGUUGUAGAUCACCGAGAGCCGCAGCAGCAGCAGCAGCAGCCGCCUCCGCAGCUUCAACGCAACAGUACCGCCACAGUACGACGGGGACCAGCCAGUAGAGGAACCCGAAAAUAUUGUAGAAUGGCGAGUGGUAGCGGCAAUCACAAUCUCCUCUUCAAAGCAAUCGUGUUGGCGCUGUGCGUGAUCUCGUUCGUGCACGUGUUCUUGUUCCCGCUGUACGGUCUGGGCACCGGGGGCGGCGGAGGCAGCGCCCGCACGGCGCUUCGUACAUUUCAGGACUUCGAGCAGUCGCUCUGCACAGCAAACUUGAGGAGGAGAAGGCCGGCGAAGAGGUCAGCGGCCUGUCCCCAGUACGGCAUCGUGACCAUAGUGCAGGGCGGUCGACUCGGCAACCAGAUGUGGGAAUACGCCUCCGUAUGGGCACUAGCACGUCGUACCGGUCUUGAGCCCUAUGUGCCACGUUGUAUCCGUUUGAAACUUGACCAGUUGUUUGAGUCUCUCUCAGUGCCAAGCUUCGAUGAGAUCUCUCACUGUCACGUGCAUCUGCAACGCUUCGUCAAGUCUCCAGACGCCUGGAACUCGACCAAUCAGAGCAUAAUUCUGCCGCGCUAUUCCAUUCAGCCGGAACUAGUGCUAAAUUGGGUCCAAGACAUCAUCGCGGAGUUCUCGAUCCGCAAACGGUUGCUGGAACGCAGCCAACAGAUACUCACCGCGAUCAAAAAGAGUGUCGCGGCCUCCAAAGCUUCUUCAGCCACAACGUCUCCAGACAACGCGCUUUUAUUUGUUGGAGUCCAUGUCCGCCGCACCGACUACAUUGGUUACUUAAAGCGAAAACACGGGGCAGACCCAGCAGAUCUAUCGUUCUACCUACGAGCAAUGCUACAUUUCGAACAAAAAUACAGCACUGUGGUCUUCGUGGUGGUGAGCGACGAUCCUCUGUGGUGUCGCCGCCAUCUAGGUUCCCGCCCCAAUGUUCACGUAACUGGUGGCAACCGAAAGAAAGGUGCACCGGCAAACUCGGCCGCCCUGGAUCUGGCCCUCCUUGCCUCCUGCAACCACUCCAUCUUUGACUACGGUACAUUCGGUGAAUGGGGGGCACUGCUGGCGGGCGGUGAGACAGUCUACUACAAUUUGAGUCGACACUCGUCCGGCAGGUUGGGGCGGCUUCUUCACAACUGGCAUACAAUAUAAGUCGGUGUCGGCGAGAAAUUUAAAUCAAUAGUGAUGUGGUGAUUAAGUGGUUUUCGUGGUUGUGGAAUCUGUAUACGUUAAAUUUUAAUUGUCAACACAAAAUAUUUACCUAUUCAAUUCGAGUGUAGAACAAAUCAGGGAAACAAGGGGGCCAAUCGAACCUUUAAAUUGUAAUAAUAUGUCAAAUUGAACAGUUAGAUAUAUUUAAUCCUGAUUGAGGGAAUUUAAAAAUGUUUUCAAAAAAUUACAGGCCUCUUAAUGAUUUUUAGUAAUAUUAAUAAUGUAUUGGCAAUUCGAACAGUAAUUUUUAUUUUAUUUUAUCCUAUAUUAAUGUCAUUUCUUUCGCAUGUACAAUAAUUAAACAGAUUCAACAUCCACGUAAAAAUCCUGCUAUCGAAUGGAUUUCGAAUAAUGGUUUAUUCCCAAUAAAUAAGUAAAUGAUAAAUUCAUCUGUUCGAAAAUCACCACAGACAAAUGUACAUAAUAAGUAGAGCUUUAGGUAAAACUCAGUGAAUGACCAACUAAAACUUUUCCCCUCUUGUUCACAUUAUUUUAUGUUAAAGUACUGAAAAUAUUUUCGUUUAUUUAUAAAAUUAUUUACAAAAAGCGACAACGAAAUUACCCACUGUAUAUUAUAACAUUUGGUAUAAAAGUUAGAUGAUCUAUCACUCAUGCCAUUUUUCUUAAUUUAAUUAAUUAAAUAUUUAGUUAAUCCACAUUGCUUGUGGUAAAUGAAAAAAGACUAUAUUUUUUAAAAAACUAUUCGUCUCUGACACAAAUAGGCUGUACAUAAUUUCGUUGCCACUAUUAAAAACCAAAAUUUAAAAGACAAAUACAACUGAAACGUUUUCGAGGUGCUAUUUUCUAAUUUCCAUAUUCGCUUCUCUGUAUUCAUCGAAUAUUGAUCGUUAUUUUUUGAUGUGGAAAACAAUUAAACUUAAGUACCUAUCUUAAAAUGUGCCAAACUAUAGUGGGUAGAAGAAACUCGAACACUAUAAUGGGGAUGGACAAAUUUAAAAUAGUGCCCUUCCCCUAUGUAUAUUUAUUAUCACAGAACUGACAAAUAAUUUUUAUAAAUUGAUAUAGUUGAACCAAAGUUACACCAAACACCAGAAAAUAACCUCAAGUUAAUUGCGAUAAUUUUUAUUGUCUGUUUUAUUUGUCUGUUCUGUGGAUUUGAACAUAACUGUGAUUUGUAUAUUCAAUGGAUGUGGAUGUGUCUAUUUAUAAUGUAGAUAUCGAGUAUGUUUCAAUAAGGGUUUCAAUUUUUGUAUCAAAUUUCAAAAAUUGAAACUAACUCGAUGACCUGGAUUACGCAGAAAUUUGGGACGCGUUUCUCAUUGUUUUUUAUACAUUUUACUAUUAUAUUUAGGCGUUAUUUUCAAUAGUAAAGGUUUUAAACUAUAUUUGGAUUUCUUAAUACUUUGGAAACGAUUUAUGAAUUUAAUUAAACAACGCUACCAAAUUUCUGUGUAAUAAUUAAGGGAAUAAUCAAUUUUAUUUUUCAAUGUCAGCUUUGAAUCUGAAGCAUAGUUUUCUAGCACUCCUACAAAAACGACGAAUUGAUGUUUUAAUUUCGCCGUGCCAAAAAAAUGAAUAUUUGUGACCUGAUUAACGAAGGUUUAGUCGGUAGACCGUGCACGAGAUGAAAUCUAAAGAUUUUAAUUUAUCAUGUCACAAAAAAAAUUAAUGUAAAAUAAAAUGCUUUGGGUUUUGGAUCGUGAUUGUAACGCGGGAAAACUCUUGUACAUAAAACAUACCCACAUAAAUGUUUCUGUGAUACUGUAAGUUGAAAACCAUAUACAAUCAAGUCGUUGAAAAAAAAGUGACACGUUUAUUUACAACUACUUAUUUCUCUACUGUAGUGAAAUGAAUCUAUAUAUACCUCCUAUACCCUUUAAACAAAUAUAUACAUAU